GGUACCGGGCUUCAAAUCAGAUAAUGAUUACAGUUUUACAAAUGAACCGGAUACCAUGUAUACAUUGACAGAUGGCGCGUAAACAUGUCAGACGGGGAAAGUCCAAAUAUUUCUAAGAAUAGAUAUGUAACUCUCCAUCUAGUUUCUCUUCUGCGCAGACAUUUUGUCAUCUACAAAAAUUGCAUGUGCUAUGGACUCCAGACACAAAGAGAUCCUGACAAGGAAUUUACCAGACUUUGUGGACCAAGUGAAUCCUCAACAACUGUUAACGUAUCUGCCAUGUUUAUCACAGUAUAGCAAGGAAGAGAUAGAGACAGCACAGAACUCAAAGUCUAGAAGUUACGCAGCUCAGGUGCUGCACAAUCAUCUGAUAAGAAAACCAGAAGCAUUUGAGCAGCUUAUUGCGGCACUGAGACACGACAGCGUUGGCUGUACAAAACUUGCAGAUCGUCUUGAUCCAAAUCAUUCAUGUGAUUAUACUAAUGGAGCAACAGGUGGACAGGCUGAUAGAAGACAGAGCCAAGCAAAGAGUUGCCAUGUACCACACAGUAGUCCACCAGUAUCACCUGGUGCAGAGGGCUGGUGUCCUAGUCCACAAAGGGCAGUUGAGAUGCAGGCUAUGAAUGGCAGACAUUUCGGAUCACCAUCAAGGUGUGAUCUUGAUACACCCUGGGAAAAAUUGCCUGCUGGGGUAAAACCUAUUCUGAAGAAAUUUGAUGCUCAGCAGUCUUUGAAGAAGAUAGAUGAUUUAGCAGAUAAAUUGGAUUUUAAUGUUGAAGAAACAAGUGUGAUAAAAGCGGAGGUGCCACCAGGAGAAAGUUUAACAUUGGCCUUUUUAGAACGUUGGAUAGGCAGGCAAUCCAAUUCAGUGACACUUAGGGUUAUCAUGAAAAUAUUUUAUGACCUCGAAAAUAUACAUAUUGUUCAUGAGUUGGAAAGAAAGACCGGUGUUAAGUUCGAUGGACAAGAAGAAAGUGAUGUAUCUCCAGAAGGAGGUACUUUUUCUCAAGGUGGGGCAGGACUUUCAGGCCAAGAGAGAAAUAAAGUUGUAGAUGGUAGAACUCGUUAUAAUCCUAACAUCAACAUGCCCGAUGAAAAGAAUUCUGAAACUGACAAAAGAGUGUUGGAUGUUGCAAAAAACAGGCAUAUUUCAAACAGGCAAAGCCCACAUGAGGUGUGUCCUGGCAACACAAAAAGUGUACAAGGAUUGAGCUCAACAUCCUCUGAACACGAUAACAGAAACUGUAGGCAAAUGUCGCAAAAUGACAGUGCAGAUAGUAUUGAGGAAACAAAAAUGGAUAAUUUGGAAAAGUUCAAUGGUUACAGAAAACAAGAUAUUUUACGAAAUAGCUGGGAUGAUGCGCAUAACCAAAGAGAUGUUCAACAUGUUGGGAGAGACGAAAGGUUUAAGGUGAUUAGUAAAAAUGUGACCUGUAAACAUACCAGGGAAUUGCCAUCUAGACGAGCCAAUGAAGGUUUCCUAAUACAUCGGACCAGUCAAGAUGAUGACCAAAUUAAAGUGGAGAAAAAUAACCUGGAUAGAUCUGACUCAAGUUGCAGUUCAAAUACUGAAAAUUCAGCAUACGACAGCAUGCCCGAUAGCAGUAAUGUGAAUGACCUUGAUUCUGGAGAUAACAAAAGGUCAGUCAAUCACCACUCAUCCAACAUCAAUAAUACAGGUGAUGAACCAGAAAAUGCAAAAAGCGCUGCAGGUAGUGUUGAAAAAGUAACUAAAGGGAAUUCAAAAGAAGAUAUGAUUAUUCACAAUUUCAAAGUAGAAAAAACAGAAUGUUCUGAGAGAUUGGCAGAAAUGAACGCAGUUGUAGACAAUUCUGAAAAUCUUUUACAUCAUUCAAAGCACAUUAAUGGUGACGAAGAUGUAUUAAAAGCUGAAUUUUCGCGGAUAGCAUUUGAAGAAAAGAUAUUGAGAGCUGGGCAGAAUUUUAGUGACAUUAUCAGUCAAAGUGAUCCACCAGAAUCAAGAGAAACUUCUAUAUCUGGUAUUUCUGCAUCAUCAUCUUCACCUGCGGAAGGUAAAAUAAAAAUGCCCUCAACAAAACCGGAUUUAAAUAGUUCAGAAAACUUUGUAGACCAUUCUUUGGAGGAUGAUAAGCAGGCUGCUCCAGAAGAAACAAAUUACUCAAAAGAAUGGAACAGCAUUGAAAAUAAGAAAGCUGGAAAAAAAUUGCCAGGACAUGACAUAUCAUUUAGUAGUGCUGGUGUAGAGAUUAACAAUAGUUUUGGUGUAGAGAUUAAUAAUGGUUUUGAAGAUCUUACUGGAAGUUUUAACAUUGACUGGAAUCUUUCAAGAAAUGAAGAAGAAGCAGUUUCUAUGGAUGGAGAAACAGGUACAAGAGAUGACAAAACUGAACAGCCAUUGUUAGCAAAUCAGCUAUCGGACCAACAGCUUGAUCAGUCAAGUCAUGAAUUUUGCAAUCUGGCUCUACAGCGUACUGGUAAUGAGGAGAUGGAAGUAACAAGAAGAGGACCAUUGUCUCUGGAUUUUCCAGAAAGUGCAAGUAAUCAGGUGCACAAAUUUAAAAAUGUUGGUGACACUGUAGGAAGAAACAUGUCAAGUGAGGGAGAUGUUAUAGGGAGCACAACAACAUGUUCAGAACCUUUGACAAUUUACACAACAAGCGCCGAGUCUGUGUCAUUUAACUGCACAAAAGGUGAAACAGUGACAGUGAACACAGAGCAUUUACAAAGCAGUCUGACUGAAGCAGAAAACGAAGUGCCUGAUGCAGUCAUCUACAGAAAUAACUUAACAGAUAAAGACCCCAAGGAAUUUAGUCUGAAAGAUUCAUUUAAAACUAUGUACCAUUUUGUAAAAGUAGCUUAUGAUAGUUUUUUGUAAUGGCUAUGUUGUACAGUUGUGACAAGAAGUACAGAAUUGUAAUUAUUACGUGCAUUAUUAACUGUGAUUAAAACUUUAUUGGGGAUAAUGGUAGAUGUAUAUUUAUAGAUUGAUAGACCCCCAUGCUGUAAAGGUCAAGGUCACUCUCAUCUGUCAAAGAUAUUAGGUCAUUUUUUUUUUGUCCAGACUGGAUGGACACUUAAUAACUGGGCACAAACAUUAACAGAACAAGAUGUGUCAUGUGAUGUGUGCAAAACCUAGACCCAAAAGGUCAAAGGGGAUAUUGAUUUGUGGUUUAAGAUCAAAGAAUGGGAUUUUUAUGCCGCAUGUGGAUUUGCCCUUGUCCGUCCAUCUGUUCGUCCUUCUGAGAAUGUUGUGUCACGUCUGGCUCCAAAAGUGUUUGAUGUAGAGUCACAAAACUUUACAGGAAUGUUGGUCAGCAUGUGUAAUUGUGCACCUGGGGUUUCGUGUCCAGAUUCAUUCAGUGGUGUAGGAGUUAUGGCCCCUGACUUUGUAAAAAUUGGUCAUUUUAGUGUUGUGUCGCGUGUAGCUCCAAAAGUAUUUGACCUAGAGUCACCAAAGUUUACAGGAAUGUUGGUCAGCAUGUGCAGUUGUGCACCUGGGGUUUUGCGUCCAGAUUCAUUCAGUAUUGUAGGAGUUAUGACCCCUGACUUAGUUAAAAAUGGUCAUUUUAAUGUUUUGUCGUGCAUAGCUCCGAAAGUAUUUGACCUAGAGACACCAAAGUUUACAGGAAUGUAAACCAGGUCAAAUCAAAGGAAAAGAUUGUUAACACUCCAGAGGUCACAAUUUCGGCCCAAUUUUAAUGAAACUUGGUCAGAAUGUUAAUCUCAAUAAAAUCUUGGAAGAGUUUGAUAUUGGGUCAUCUGGGAUCAAAAACUAGGUCACCAGGUCAAAUCAAAGGAAAAGCUUGUUAACACUCCAGAGGUCACAAUUUUGGCCCAAUCUUAAUGAAACUUGGUCAGAUUGUUACUCUCAAUAAAAUCUUGGAUGAAUUUGAUAUUGGGUCAUCUGGGUUCAAAAACUAGGUCACCAGGUCAAAUCAAAGUAAAAGCUUGUUAACACUCUAGAGGUCACAUUUUUGGCCCAAUCUUAAUGAAACUUGGUCAGAAUGUUACCCUCAAUAAAAUCUUGGAUGAGUUCGAUAUUGGGUCACCUGGGGUCAAAAACUAGGUCACCAGGUCAAAUCAAAGGAAAAGCUUGUUAACACUGUAUAGGCCACAUUUUUGACUUUAUCUUCAUAAAACCUGGUCAGAAUGUUAAUCUUGAGGAUCUCAAGUUCCAGUUUGAAUCUGGGUCAUGUAAGAUCAAAAACUAGGUCACCAGGUCAAAUCAAAGGAAGAGCUAGUUAAUACUGUAGAGGCCACAUUUAUGGCCAUAUCUUAAUGAAACUUGGUCAGAAUGUUAAUCUUGAUGAUCUAUAGGUCACAUUCAAAUCUGGGUCAGAUGAGUUAAAAAACUAGGUCAAGUCAAAGAAAAAGCUUGUUUACACUCUAGAGCCCACAUUUAUGUCUGUAUCUUCAUGAAACUUGGUCAGAAUGUUAAUCUUGAUGAUCUUUUGGUCAAUAGGUCAGGUGAGUGAUACAGGGCCUUCAUGGCCCUCUUGUUUUAAAUAGCAACAUAUUGUUUUCCCAAAGUUGAUCUGUGUCCUUUGUCAUGUAGUGGGGGCAUCUGUGUCCCAUGGACACAUUUCUAGUUAUUUGUUCAUUAGGAUCUAAUUUCAUGGACUUGCACAAUGUUGAUUAUUUUAAGUACAUAGAAAUUCUGGAGCUUAACAUUAUAUUUUAAUAAAUAGAAUGUAAAUAAUGUUAAAAAAUACAUUGUACUGCCCCAAUAUCCAGACAGGAUCAGUUUUUAGACAUAUAUUAUCAAAUAACCACUUCAUUAAUAACUACUUCAGUUAAGUGUUAUUCAGGUGAUCAUUGUAUCACAUCAUUUAGAUGUUUGCUCUUCAUUUCCAUUAAAAACACUUCGAUGUGUGUUUGAGCCUCACUCUCGCCGUUGAAUUCUUCAUGUGAGGAAGCCAUCCAGCUGGCUUACGGAAGGUCGGUGGUUCUACCCAGGUGCCCGCUCCUGAUGAAAUAAUGCACGGAGGGGCACCUGGGGUCCUUCUCCAUCAUUAAAAGCUGGAAAGUCACCAUAUGACCUAUCACGUGUCGGUGCGACUGUAUUUACAUUAAGUUUAUACUGUUUACUAAACAUCCUAUGGUGGUAUGGAGUUCGUAUGGGGCAUACCUAAUAGUUUUAAUUUGUUGAGGUAUCAAGUGGGGAAGAAGUAAUAAAACUACGUAUUCAAUUUUUGCUGAUGGUUAUAUUUUUUUCUGAUGACAUAGGUUACUUUUAAUUUCACCAUAAAAUUUCCCAUAAAAUUCAGGGCUGUCUGUUUUUGUGCUAAUUUUAUUCAGUAUUUAUUUGAAUUAUCAGGAAUUUGUGUAGGAUGAAUUUCUAGUUACCGAGAGUUAGCUUCUCUUUGACAGGUGCUUUUGGAACUUUUGUUCUUUUUAAUGUACUGUUGGAAUGAUUAAUGAUAAUAGGAUACUUGAAAAAAGUUAAUUUACUUAUUUCUGUAUCAAAAUAACAGCAAAUCAUUUUCAAAAUAUUUGUACAGCUACUUAUUUACAACACAGGGAAAAUAUCUACUCUUUAAAAAAUUAAUGACCAUAUUUGAAGCAAUCACUGUGUGAUGCUAACAUUUUGGAUGCAGUAGGAGCUUAGUUUAUGCAGGGUGGGCUUCAUUUAAAUCAUUUAAUGUUUUUGAGAAAAUGUUGGAAGAACAUGUUGCUAACAAUCUACAGGCUGCAUUUUCUACAUCAUCUAUAUGAAACGUUGUCAGAAUGUUUGUUUAUAAAAAAAUCUAGGACAUGCACAAAACUUCAUUACCCAGGUAAAAAAAAUGGCACUUGAUCAGAUCAUAGUAAACCCUUGCUACAUUUUCUGUUCUGAUCCAAAAAUUUUGUCAGAAUGUUUGUCUUUAUCAAAACUGGGUUAUAUGAGGUCAGAAACUAGGUCACUAGGUCAAAUCAUGGAAAGACCUUGAUAACACUCAAGAGGCUACAUUUUCUACUUAAUCUUUAUGAAACUACCUCAGAAUGAAUUUAUUAAAUAUAGGUAAAAUUCAAAACUAGAUUAUCUAGGUCAAAAACUAGGUCACUGGGUCAAAUAAUAGAUAGAUAUUGUGAACACUUAAAAAGCCACAUUUUUAUGCCCCUCUUCGAAGAAGGUGGGGUAUAUUGUUUUGCAGAUUAUGUCGGUCGGUCGGGCUGUCUGUCCGUAAACCAAUCUGUUUCCGGAUGAUUACUCAAGAACGCUUGGGCAUAGGAUCAUUAAAGUUGAUAGGGAUAUUGGUCAUGACCAGCAAAUGACCCCUUUCUAUUUCAGACUCAAUAGGUCAAGGUCACAGCGACUUGGAACAGUUGAACGUUUUCCGGAUGAUAACUCAAGAACGCUUGGGUCUGGGAUCAUGAAAAUUGAUAGGGAGGUUGUUCAUGACCAGCAAAUGACCCUUCUUGAUUUUGAAGUCAGUAGGUCAAAGGUCAAAGUCACAGUGACUCGGAACAGUAAAACGGUUUUUGGAAGAUAACUCGAGAAUGCUUGGGCUUAGGAUCAUGAAAGUUGAUAGGGAGGUUGAUCAUGACCAGCAGAUGACCCUUAUUGAUUCUGAGAUUAGUAGGUCAAAGGUCAAGGCCACAGUGGCCCAGAAAAGUUAAACUGUUUCAGGAUGAUAACUCAAGAAUCCUUGGGCCUAGGGUCAUGAAAGUUGAAAUGAAGGUUGUUCAUGACCAGCAGAUAACCCCUAUUGAUUUUGAGGUCAGUAGGUCAAAGUGACCUGGAACAGUUAAACCUUUUCCGGACAAAAUUUGAAAACUCUUUGGCCUGGGAUCAUGAAUGUUGAAAGGGAGGUUGGUCAUGACCAGUAGAUGACCCCUAUUGAUUUUGAGGUCAAAGGUCAAGGUCACAUUGACUGGGAAUAGUUAAACCGUUUCAGGAUAAAACACAAGAACCCUUGGGCCCAGGGUCAUAAAAGUUGAUAGGGAGGUUGGUUAUGACCAGCAGAUGACCCCUAAUGAUUUUGAGGUCAGUAGGUCAAAGUCACAGUGACCUGGAAUGGCUUAACCAUUUCUGGAUGAUAAUUUGAGAACACUUGUGCCUAAGGAUCAUGAAAGUUGAUAAGGAGGUUGGUCAUGACUAGCAGAUGACCUCUAUUGAUUUUUUAUAUCAGUAGGACAAAGGUCAAGGUCACAGAGAUCCAGAAGAAUUACACUGUUUCUGGAUGAUUAUUUGAGAACAGUUGGGCCUAGGAUCACGAAACUUUAUAGGAAUGUUGAUCAUGACCAGGAGAUGACCCCUAACAUUGUAGAGGCCACUUUUGAGGUUAGUCAUCAAUUUUAGGUCAAGUUUAAAAAUGGGUUAUCCAAGGUCAAGAACUAUGUCACUAGUUAAAAUAAUUGGAAAACUUGGUUAACAUCUAUCUGAUUUACAUAAAACAUUGUCAAAAUGUUUGUAUGAAAGUCAGGCCAAAUUAGAUGCUAGGUUUUUUCUGGGUGAAAAAUAGGUCAGGUGAGCCAUACAGGGCAUUAAGGGCCCUCUUGUUUUAUGAAUAUGAAUUCAUUAUAGAUUUUAGCUUGCCAGAACUGAAGGCUCAAAGUGAGCUAUUAAUAUUGGUGGAUUAUCCACAAUUUACAUAAGCAUCUCUGGCACUACUGGUCAGAAUUACAUCAAACUUGGUAUGUUGCAUCCUGGGAAGGUCUUCCUUCAAACUUGUUUAAAUGAUAAUAAUUAUGACAUUUUCUCAUGAACUGAUUAAUGAAUCUUCAUCAGCUUGGCCUGUAAUGUCAUUUUUAGGUCCUUUUCAAAUUUGUUCAACUCUGGUUGCUUGGCUUUUUAGGCUUCUAGAGCUAAAAAGAAAACAUUAUGAAUUGCCUUAUGGAUCUUCAUCACACUUGGUCUGUAGGAUCAUUAUAAGGUCUUUAAAUGAGGGCACUUAGCCCCUUCUACCGGCCACAAGAACUAAAACAGAAAAAGCUUUAAAAGACAUUUUCUCAAGAACUGCUUGAUGGAUCUUCAUCAAGCUUCGUCUGUAUCAUUGUAAGGUUCUCUCUCAAAUUAAUUCAUACGAGAGGCACUUUGCCCAAUGAAGGGACCGCUACAGUUAAGAAAUAAAAACUUAAACAACUUUUUUCUUGUGAACGCUUAAUGUGUCCUCGACAAAUUCGGUUUAUAGCAUCUUUGUAAGGUCUUCUCCCAGAUUUUUUAGCUCACAUGUCACAAAGUGACAAGGUGAGCUUUUGUGAUCAUGCAUCGUCCGUGAUUGCGUCCGUCCGUCCGUAAACUCUAGAGGUCACAUUUUUCAUGGGAUCUUUAUGAAAUUUGGUCAGAAUGUUCAUCUUGAUGAUAUCUAGAUCAAGUUCGAAACUGGGUCACGUGUGGUCCAAAACUAGGUCAGUAGGUCUAAAAAUAGAAACACCUUGUGACCUCUCUAGAGGCCAUAUUUUUCGAUGGAUCUUCAUGAAAAUUAGUCAGAAUGUUCACCUUUAUGAUAUCUAGGUCAAGUUCGAAACUGGGUCACGUGCCGACAAAAACUAGGUCAGUAGGUCAAAUAAUAAAAAAACCUUGUGACCUCUCUAGAGGCCAUAUUUUUCAUGGGAUCUGUAUGAAAAUUGGUCUGAAUGUUCAUCUUGAUGAUAUUUAGGUCAAGUUCAAAACUUGGUCAACUGCGAUCAAAAACUAGGUCAGUAGUCUAAAAAUAGAAAAACCUUGUGACCUCUCUAGAGGUCAUACUUUUGAAUUGAUCUUUAUGAAAAUUGGUCAGAAUGUUUAUCUAGGUCAAGUUCGAAACUGGGUUACAUGCCUUCAAAAACUAGGUCAGUAGGUCAAAUAAUAAAAAAACCUUCUGACCUCUCUAGAGGCCAUAUUUUUCAUGGGAUCUGUAUGAAAGUUGGUCUGAAUGUUCAUCUUGAUGAUAUCUAGGUCAGGUUUGAAACUGGGUCAACUGCGGUCAAAAACUAGGUCAGUAGGUCUAAAAAUAGAAAAACCUUUUGACCUCUCUAGAGGCCAUAUUUUUCAAUGGAUCUUUUUGAAGAUUGGUCAGAAUGUUCAACUUGAUGAUAUCUAGGUAAAUUUCGAAACUGGGUCAUGUGCGGUCAAAAACUAGGUCAGUAAGUAUAAAAAUAGAAAAACCUUGUGACCUCUCGUAGAGGCCAUAUUUUUCAUGAGAUCUUCAUGAAAAUUGGUGAGAAUGGUCAUCUUGAUGAUAUCUAGGUCAAGUUCAAAACUGGGUCACAUGCCUUCAAAAACUAGGUAAUUAGGUCAAAUAACAGAAAAACCUUGUGACCUCUCUAGAGGCCAUAUUUUUCCAUGGAUCUUUAUGAAAAUUGGUCAGAAUUUUUAUCUUGAUGAUAUCUAGGUCAAGUUCAAAACUGGUUCACAUGAGCUAAAAAUCUAGGUCACUAUGUCAAGUAAUAGAAAAAUACUCAGUUCAAAACUGGGUUAUGUGGGGACAGGUGAGCGAUUCAGGACCAUUAUGGUCCUCUUGUUCAUAAGGGGCACUUGGUACCCUUUAGGGACCUUUGAGAUUAAAACAGAAAUAUCAUUUAGAAAGGACUUGAUGAAUCGUCAGCAGACUCGGUCUGUAGCAUUCUUAUAAAGCCAUCUGUUAAAUUUCUUCAAUUAGGGGCACUUGGUCCCUUUAAGAGGACAUUAGUGCAAAAAUAUAAAUAUUUUAAUGACUUUUCUGGCAAAUCUUCAUUAAAUUUGGUACAUAGCAUAGCAUCCUGUCUCAAAUUUGCUCAAAUGGAGCCACCUGACCUGUUCUAUCUUUAUACUAAACACAUUUAGUUAUCAAUUAUUAAUAGUCAAUUUCAGAUAAGCGACUUAGAACCAUUUUAGUACUGUUGUAAUUGUUGGUUGUUGGUUGGAAUAUAUAUAUAUAUAUAUAUAUAU